AUGGCGAAUUUCGAGCUGCCGCAGGUUGCGAUCAACUUUUUCGACAACAGCGCCUGCGGCGCGGACCCGAAGGGCGAGGCGUGCCGGAGGGCCCAGAGCCAGGCGUCCUUGGCGAUCUCAGUGAGCAGCGGUGUCGCGUCCCUGGUGUGCCUCCUCUGCGGGCCCUCCUUCGGGGUGCUCAGCGACGCGUGGGGGCGCCGCUUCUACACGGUCGGCAGCGUGGCCAUCGCGUUGGUGGCGAUGCUGGCCCUGCUGGCUCACGUGUUCGGGCUCGUAUCACUGUGCCCGUUGGGCCGGCGAAUUUUGGGCUGA